GGAACCGCUCUUGGGUCUUCAAUAAUGGGAAUGCCCUAGGCGGCACAAGUUACAACAGGCGCCUGACUUCAGUUUCAGCAAUCAAUCUUGCCUAGCGCAAAGCACUUGGUCGCACCUUGCCUCUUGGUGUUUGCUCCUCCACUCGUGGCAUUUAAGACCUUCGCCUCCAAAUCAGUUGCCUUCUUCCAUUGCCUUUAAGGAACGAGAGCCGACUGGUCAGGUAGCCUCCGGGCCUGCAGCAUAUUGCAAGAAAUCGCCUCCACGAUGACACCGCCACUAUCUCCAAGCCGUUCCUUGCUCGGGUCCCUAAGGGACAAGCUGUCGAAGAAGUCACGUUCUCGCUCACCGAGCCCGAAUCCGAGCCCGAAUUCCAACAACCCGUUCAGCCCGGCCCCACAGUCUUUCAAACCGGGGCCCAAUGACCCACCUCCGCCGCCGUACUCGGCAAUAGCCCCGACCGCCGACGCCGGUGCCUCGUCGUCCGCGGCGAACCCCAGUAUCACAAUCAACAACGCCCCGGUGCCGGACCGGGCCCCGUCGCCGGCACCGUCGUACUCCAGCGCGCGCUCCGACCCGAGCAUCACCUCCCCCGAAGACCCGUACGCCUUCCUCAGCGCCUUCGACACCAUCUUCCUCGUCGACGACAGCGCGUCCAUGCAGGGCGCAUCCUGGCGCGAGACCAAAGAAGCCAUCCGCGCCAUCGCCCCAACCUGCACCGCCCACGACGAGAACGGCAUCGACGUCUACUUCCUCAACGCGCGCAACACUUCCAACAGCAGCAACACCAGGUACCGCACUUCCCGUUUCGGCAGCAGCAGCAGCAGCAGCUACUCCACGGGGGACAACAACAACAGCAGCGCGGGCGGCUUCUGCAACAUCAAGAGCGCCGACCAGGUCGAGCGGCUGUUCCACACGGUGCGCCCGGCCGGCGGCACGCCGACGGGGACGCGCAUCAACCACAUCCUGAAACCCUACCUGCGCGAGUACGAGGCGGCGGUGGCGCGCACGGGCAACCCGGACGAGUGCGGCGUCAAGCCGGUCAACAUGAUCGUCAUCACCGACGGCGUGCCGACGGACGACCCGGAGGCGGUCAUCCUCAGCCUGGCCAAGAAGCUGGACAGGCUGGAGGCGCCGCCGCAUCAGGUGGGCAUCCAGUUCUUCCAGGUCGGCCGGGAGGCCGGCGCGGCGGCAGCGCUGAAGGAGCUGGACGACGGCCUGGCCGAGCAGGGCGGCGGCGUGAGGGACAUGGUGGACACGGUCACCUGGGACGGCAGGCAGGGGUCGCACCACGUGCUGUCGGCGGAUGCUAUCCUCAAAGUCGUGCUCGGUGCCGUGGUCAAGAGGUUGGAUCGGCGGCGGAUCAGUGUUGAGUCCGGACGGAGUCGGAAUCACCUUGCUCCGUAACUUACCGAAACAAAGGGGAGGAGGGGAGGGGGGGUUAGAUCUGAGUGAUCGAUGGCUUGCGCAGGCGUUAGGAGUUGAGGAUGGGAAGAAGAACGCUGGGGAACAUGGCUUUUUUUUAUAUCUACUUUUUGCACGGUAUUGGGUUUCCCCGUCUAUCUCUAUCCUCGCUGCUUCAGAUGCUCGUGGGAGGUUAAAAGCAGGACUAGUGCGAAUACCGCAUGAGAAUGAUGCUGCCAUAGUGGGUAUGGCUAGGUUGAUAUCCAUCAAUACAGAACGACAUCGGAUUGGCCUUAACUUCUUGCAGUGACGACG